AUGCCUUCGCAGCUCUUCGCCGUAUCGACGCAGAGCUCGCUCGUCUCGUCGCCCACCUUUUGGUCCGCGGCGGCGAUCGUGCUGGCGCUCUUCGCAUGGAACCUGCUCCGCGCCCCAGCCGGCCUCAAGCGUCACGGCCCCGUCAAAGCAUAUACAAAGUCGCUCCUGCCCGGCCUCGGGCCCUUCCAGCUCUACUCGGAGCGCAACAGCUUCCUGCGCUCCGUGUUUGGCGACCCGGAGACAUGGGACCGCACACCACCGACCCAAGACUCGGUGCGCGUCAACUCGCGCGGCCACAUCAUGACAAUCAUCAACAAUCCCACCAAGGACGGCAAGACCUUCUUCAACGAUCGCGGUCUCAACUUCAACAACGGCUACGAGGUCAUGUUUGCCGGCAUCCCACAGCUGCCCUCGUGGCUCCAGAAGACGCCGCCCGCCGACGAUGCCGGCUCGGACGGAUUCGUGCAGAACCUGCGCGGCAGCCUCAGCACCACCAGACUCCAGGACAAUCUGUCCGAAAUGGUGCGCUGCUCGGUGGAUCUCUUCAAGACCCUGCCCGGUCGCGGCGACAUCAACAUGCACGCCACCAUCUAUCCUCUCGUCUUCCAGAUCAGCAUUCUGUUCGUCGGCCUCGCCGAGCACGCACGCGACAUCAACGCCGUCAAAGCCAUGGAGGCGCCCUUCUGGUCGUUUGCAGACAACACCGGCUUCAUGGCCACCCACUUCCCGCUGCUGCCCAUCCCCUCGACCGUCAAAAAGUGGAUCGGCGCAGUCAAGAUGUCGACGGCCAUCCGCACCACCGUCGAGAAGCGCAAGGCCGAGGGUCGUCGCGAGAACGACUAUAUUCAGGAGAUGAUCGACCGGGACGCAUCGAUCAAGUCGAUCGAAGACUUUAUCAUGGGCGGACUGUUUGCUGCCAUCAUCAACACCACGGGCGUCACUUCAUAUCUGCUCGCCUUCCUCUGCACCGAUGCCAAGCUUCGCGAUGAGGUGCGCGCCGAAUUCGAAGCUACCUUCCGCAAGGCAGCCGAAGAGCGCGGUGACGACUACGACACGCUGACGCUGCAGGAGAAGCUCGAGCGCACGCCGCUGUCUGUUUGGGAAGGCGAAUUCCCGAUGUACGACAAGGUGCUCGACGAGACGCUGCGGAUCCUGAUGAUCAGUCUCAUCUUCCGACGCAAGUUGCGAACGGCUUCCAAGGUGACGCAGACCACCACCACGAUCGCCGGAUCCGAAGUGCAGGACCGCGAAUUCGUGUCGUUCUGGCUCGGAGCGGCGCACCGCAACAGCACCAUCUACAGCGAGCCGCUCAAGUUUGACCCGACGCGCUUUGAGCGUGGCGAGGGCAAGAAGGAGGGCGAGUUUGUACCCUGGGGCAGCGGAAGGCAUGUGUGCCUGGGCAUGCGAUUCGCCAAGCUCGAAAUCAAAACCGUCCACGCCGCCUUCCUCCUCACCUUCCCCGAUACCACCACCACCGACGGAAAGGGCAAGCCGUUUGCCGACGGAGAUUUGCCCCUUCCGGACCAGGAAAGCGAACACAGAAGGUACCCCAUCAAACCCGUCGCCCUCUCGUACAACACAAACACCCUGCGCGCCUAG